AUGCGCAUCCCUACAGCUAUUGCACUCGUUGGUUUAUCGACUCGCCUGUCCAUGGGGAGUCCGCUCAGCAGUAAUCAUGGACUUACAAGCCGGGCUGAGACGUUUAACAAUCCAGUCUUGUGGCAAGACUAUCCCGAUCUCGAUGUCUUCCGGGUUGGCGAUGUGUUUUAUUAUUCCUCGUCGACUUUCGCCUUUUCUCCAGGCGCGCCGGUGCUAAAGUCCUACGACCUCGUCAAUUGGACACCAGUAACUCACAGCGUACCAAGACUGAACUUCGGCUCGCAGUACGACCUCGAUAACCCAUCGGACCGCGCUUACGUUAAGGGUAUCUGGGCCAGCACUCUCAGAUACCGGCAAUCGACUGACAAGUUCAUCUGGAUUGGCUGCAUCCAAUCCACUGGCAAGUCGUACAUUUGGACAGCGGACGGAACCCAUGCCGCCGCCAACAAUGGCGAGGUGUCGAACUGGAACUGGACCGCUGCAGGCACAUUCCCGAAGUGCUACUAUGACAAUGGGCUUUUCAUUGAUGAUGACGACACUAUGUACAUAGUGUACGACAAAUAUCAGAUCAAGGUUGCCCAGUUGAACGCGGAUGGCACCGCCGAAGUCAGAAGUCAGCAGGUCUAUGAAGAUCCAAAUGGUCUUUAUCUUGAGGGUUCGCGGAUGUAUAAGAUCAACGGGACAUACUAUAUUUUCGCUACCAAGCCGGCUGAUGACGAGUGGGUCUUGAAAUCGGACAAUCCAUGGGGCCCAUACGAGGCGCGGAUCCUGGUUGACAGCAUUAAGGGGCCUUUGACCAACGCAGGCAACAGCCACCAAGGUGGAGUAGUUGAUGACAAAGAUGGAAAUUGGUAUUACGUCGCGUUCAUGGACUCCUACCCUGGAGGACGUAUACCUGUCGUUGCACCCUUGACUUGGACGGAAGACGGAUGGCCGGAGGUUGUAAGAGUGAAUGGCGAAUGGGGGAAGACCUAUCCUAUACCAGUCACAACGGAUAAGACUGUUCCUCCCCCUACAGGCUUGGAUGGUUUUACCGGAACAACAUUGAGCAACGAGUGGGAGUGGAACCACAACCCCAAUAACAGCAAGUGGAGCCUAGCAGGCGGUGCUGGAGGUCUCAAGCUCCAAACCGCUACUGUCACGAAGGAUCUCUACUCGGCUCGCAACACGUUGACUCACCGCAUCUUGGGCCCGAAAUCAUCAGGAACCUUCAAAAUUGACAUCAGCAAGAUGGCUACCGGCGAUCGUGCUGGUGCUGUACUUUUCCGUGAUACUGGAGCGUACAUCGGUAUUCACAAAGAUGGCUCCACGACUAUGCUUGUCAUGGUUAACGGCUUGAAAAUGAACGCGGACUGGACUACAAACUCUACCGGUACUAUUGCUGCCACAGGGCCCGUAAUCCCAUCCAAAACAACACAGUUAUGGCUCCGCGUUGAGUCGGACAUUACGCCGGCUUUUGGCACCAAUACAAUGCGACAAACUACCUUCUGGUAUAGCACUGAUGGUAAAAAAUUCUUGCAACUUGGUCCAGCAUACGGCAUGGCAAACACCUGGCAGUUCUUUACUGGAUACAGAUUCGGUGUGUUCAACUUCGCGACAACAAAGUUGGGUGGCGAGGUUACCGUCAAGAGCUUCGAGCUGAAACUGGUAUAG